AUGUCUUCUCGACCAUCAAACCCAGUUCAAGCUAAGAGGAAUCUAUUAGUUCUCCAAACUUUAACUAGACGACGAAGACUGUUUUUAGCAAAUUGCUCCUCAAAUGAUGAACCAACGGACGAUGAUUCCAAUAACGGAAACAGUCAAAUAGCUCAAAAAGGCAAUAAGAACGUUUCUAAACGGAAGGACAAAAUUCUUAUCCAAGGAGUCAAAAAUAAUGUUAUGAAACACUACAAGCAAAUGGAAAAUCUCGGAUAUGUAAAAGAAGACACUCUACAUGUGAAAAAGAGUAUGAAAAUCAGAACUGCAGGCUUGGUCACAAACUUGAAAUCACUCAAAGGAAUGUGCGAAUCCAAAGAACUGAGGACUGGCAUCGAUGGAGUGGUUGUAGAUGUCGAGAAUAUGUUUCCUGGCGGUGGUGCUCGAAUGUUCACAAGUCACAACAGUGGAAUUGGAGGAAAACUCGAAUUCGUCUGUGUUGCUGUAUACAAGUAUGAGAUAAAUGGACAAGAAGCCUGUGAUUAUAUAAUGGCUCACUUUUCUCAUAAAAAUAGACCAAGUAAUAGGAUAUCUAGUUUCUGGCAGAAACAGUGUAGUCCUGACGAGCUGAGAGAUAGGGUAGAGGCUAGUUUCAUAUAUGAGCUCGUAGGACGAAAAUACGCCAAAUUAGAAAAUAGUCAGUUGUAUAUGAUUACUGAAGACUGA